AUGUCGGCAGCUCAGCAGCAGGCUUCUGGCGCCGACGCCGCUACCUCGGCCGCUCCGCAGAAGCCCUUCCAGACCAAGCUCGUCCUCCUCGGCGAGGCCGCCGUCGGAAAGUCGUCGGUCGUCUUGCGCUUCGUCCAGAAUGACUUCCAGGAGAACAAGGAGCCCACCAUCGGCGCCGCCUUCCUCACACAAAAGUGCCGUCUCGAGGACCGCCUGAUCAAGUUUGAGAUCUGGGACACGGCUGGCCAGGAGCGCUUCCACUCGCUCGCCCCCAUGUACUACCGCAACGCGCAGGCCAGCGCCGUCAUCUACGACGUCACGAAAGCCAGCUCGUUUGAGAAGGCCAAGUCGUGGGUCAAGGAGCUGCAGCGACAGGCCAACCCCAACAUUGUCAUUGCGCUCGUGGGCAACAAGAUUGACCUGCUUGGCGAGUCGUCGACCAGCGACGCCGACGCCGACGCCGACGAGGACGACGACACGGCCACUGCUACGCCCGAGGCCGGUGCGGCGGGCGACGCCGGCUCUCUGCGCGCCGUGCCCAAGGACGAGGCCGAGGCGUACGCCAAGGAGGCCGGCCUGCUGUUUUUCGAGACCAGUGCCAAGACGGGCGAGGGCGUCGUCGAGGUCUUUACAGAGAUUGCCAAGAAGAUUCCGAUCGACCUUCACCUCGCACGGAGCGCUGCGGCCGCGGCCACGGGCAACGCCAGUGCCGGCAGGACGGGAGGCGCGGGCCAGGGCGGCGUCGACCUCAACGCCGACAACAAUGCCCAGCGGAAGGAGGCAUGCAACUGCUGA